UGUUGUUGUGAAGACCGGCAACCAAAUGGAACUCGACCAAGAGAGGGUCUCCUGCCUGCAGCAGUUGGUUCCCGACGGAUACACGCUGCGCGACAAGCUCAGCAUCGAGAGACAGAAGCCACGAAAGUAUCGGUUAGUGCUGCACUCAAGGUCGCGAGCCAACAAUACUGAGUUGAAAUGGCGGAGCCGCUGGAUCACGUCUGGGAAGCCACGCGGCCGCGACGCCGUCGCGGAGGGAAUCAUCAUAGACGAGGUGACUGCUGCUGACUGGGAUGCCGUUCAACUCAAGAACUCAGCGUACGCCCCGGUGCAGAGAGCACCACCGCGGGAUUCAACAGCACCCGCAGUUCGAGCCGCAGCGCCAGCCGUUGGUUCACUACAAGAACCCGGUCUCGCAGGCGCGCAAAGAUCGCGAGAUCCAAAUUGGGGUGGACAACGGGACUACAGUGGGCGGCCCUUUGGAAAGUUGGGGAGGGCGGCCCGGCGGAUGCGUGUGUUGACACUUCGGCAGGAACUGAAGGAGGCCGUUCCUGGGGCAUUCAACCUCUCUGCAAGCAGUCUGGAAGAAGUCGUGCGGGCGUGGAUAGAGUUCGAACCCGAGUGGGCCGAAGAGGCGAAGAGGAGAUACCUGAACAAGGGCACGUACAGCACAUCUCAAGCUGCAAAGAAGAUUAGGCGUGCGAAAGGGGCGGAGAUGAAAGCUCGGGUGCUGGCGGCAGCGGCGGACGAGUUUCGCGCUGAGAGCAUCGAGCUCCUCGACGGCGUUGUGAGUGAUGUGGCGAAGACGAUCAGCGCAGCCGCGGAGAUGAACGAUGUGAGGGCAGAUACAAGUACGGAAGACAGCUGUUUGUCCAACUUUCAGCUGGCGCACACGGUGCAAGUGGCCAUGGCAUUGAUCCAGUUGUACACCCAGCAGGCUGACGGCUUCGACCGGAAGGAUGCUCUGGCCAUCGCAUCAGAGGUUGGACGGAGAACCGUUCAAGCAGUACAGCAGUGGGAGCGGGAUUUCAUCGCCCACGGACGCAUAAAAAAACCUGACACAGGUCGCUUCAAGCGCAGGUUUUUGCUGGAGCUCGACGAAGGCGUCUUCAAGCUCGCGAAAGGCUGGGUGAUCGAGAACUGCGGGAUACUCAGUGGGCACGCCAAUACAACGGCGGAGGAUUUCCGCAAGUGGGUGAACAGCACCAUCAUGCCGAUGCUGGAGGAGCAGGAAAAGGACGGCAUCAACGCGUUCCAUGGAUUGAGCGUAAAGCCGGUGGAAGUGAAGGAAAACGAGCCGCCAAAGCGCCAAAUCGCCCUUCCUACGGCAACGGAGUGGCUGAAGAAGAUGGGAUGCGAAUACCACGACGGCAAAAAGGGGCUGUACUUCGAUGGCCACGACGACAAGAAGACCCUUGAAUACCGGCACGACGAGUUCCUCCCGGCGCUGUUCGACACCCGCGACUACAUGGAGGUAUGGAUUCCGAUGGGCAAGGAUGAAGCGAUCGUCUGGGGUGUUGACGUCGAGACGGUGGAGGAGACCGAGCGCUUGCCGGAUGGUGGUGUCUGGGUUUGUGUCGAUGAUCUCGAGUCUGCGCUGGCAGACUUGCCCGAAGACCUGCAAGCCAGAGUGCAGAGCAAGAAAACCUACCCUGACGGGAGGCGGGCCAUGCUUCUCUACCAGGACGAGAACAUAUUUCGAGCCAACGACGACCAGAGGCGCGCGUGGUAUCGGGACGGCCAGCAUGUGCCCGUGAAGAAGUCACAAGGCCAGGGGAUCAUGGUGUCGGGGACGAUAAUCCACAACGUUGGCUUCUUCUCGGCGUCGCGGGCACAGAUCCAGGACGCGGAGCGCAACCGCAGGAAACGAUGCGCCGCCUCAGCUGCCGCGAAGCGACGGGGGGAAAACGUGAAGGUGGAGAAGUUCCGCCCCAUCGACGUGCUUCAUGAAGACGAGCAUGGACAGUACUGGUCCUACCACCUCUUCGAGUACGGCAAAGGAUUGGACUCGAAAGAGAUGCAAAUAUUCGUUGGAAUGCUUGCGCAAGAACGUGCCGCUGAGUAUUAG